CGGCCCAGACUGGUGCACCACGGCCCCCACCGCCAGAGUCCCGGGUGGAGAGCGGCGGCGACGCCGAGCUGCGGGCGUUGGUGCUCCUGACUGCGCCAGCACCCGGCAGGGGAGGUGGGCACCCAGGCUAUUGUCGGCAGCCGAGUCACUCCGCGCCCCACAGUGCCCGAGUCAGCGGCCAGGCCUUGAUUUUUUGGUGGGGACAGUCAUGGCGUCCCAGCCAAAUUCCUCUGCGAAGAAAAAAGAGGAGAAGGGGAAGAACAUCCAGGUGGUGGUAAGAUGCAGACCAUUUAAUUUGACAGAACGGAAAGCUAACGCCCAUUCAAUAGUAGAAUGUGAUCAUGUACGAAAAGAAGUUAGUGUACGAACUGGAGGAUUGGCUGACAAGAGCUCACGGAAAACAUACACUUUUGAUAUGGUUUUUGGAGCAUCUACUAAACAAAUUGAUGUUUACCGAAGUGUUGUCUGUCCAAUUCUGGAUGAAGUUAUUAUGGGCUAUAAUUGCACUAUCUUCGCAUAUGGCCAAACUGGCACUGGAAAAACCUUUACAAUGGAAGGUGAAAGGUCACCUAAUGAAGAGUAUACAUGGGAAGAGGAUCCCUUGGCUGGUAUAAUUCCACGUACUCUUCAUCAAAUUUUUGAGAAACUUACUGAUAAUGGUACUGAAUUUUCAGUCAAAGUGUCUCUGUUGGAAAUCUAUAAUGAAGAACUUUUUGAUCUUCUUAGUCCAUCUUCUGAUGUUUCUGAGAGGUUGCAGAUGUUUGAUGAUCCCCGAAACAAGAGAGGAGUGAUAAUCAAAGGUUUAGAAGAAAUUACAGUACACAACAAAGAUGAAGUCUAUCAAAUUUUGGAAAAGGGGGCAGCAAAAAGGACAACUGCAGCCACUUUGAUGAAUGCAUACUCUAGUCGUUCCCACUCAGUUUUCUCUGUUACAAUACAUAUGAAAGAAACUACAAAUGAUGGAGAAGAGCUUGUUAAAAUUGGAAAGUUGAACUUGGUUGAUCUUGCGGGAAGUGAAAACAUUGGCCGUUCUGGAGCUGUUGACAAGAGAGCUCGGGAAGCUGGAAAUAUCAAUCAAUCUCUGUUGACUUUGGGAAGGGUUAUUACUGCUCUUGUAGAAAGAACACCUCAUGUUCCUUACCGAGAAUCUAAACUAACUAGAAUCCUCCAGGAUUCUCUUGGGGGGCGUACAAGAACAUCUAUAAUUGCAACAAUUUCUCCUGCAUCUCUCAAUCUUGAGGAAACUCUGAGUACCUUGGAGUAUGCUCAUAGAGCAAAGAACAUAAUGAAUAAACCUGAAGUUAAUCAGAAACUCACCAAAAAAGCUCUUAUUAAGGAGUAUACGGAAGAGAUAGAGCGCCUGAAACGAGAUCUUGCUGCAGCUCGUGAGAAAAAUGGAGUAUAUAUUUCUGAAGAAAAUUUUAGAGCCAUGAGUGGAAAAUUAACUGUUCAAGAAGAACAGAUUGUAGAAUUGAUUGAAAAAAUUGGUGCCAUUGAGGAGGAGCUAAGUAGGGUUACAGAGUUGUUUAUGGAUAAAAAAAAUGAACUUGACCAGUGUAAAUGUGACCUGCAAAAUAAGACAGAGGAACUUGAAACCACUCAAAAACAUUUGCAAGAAACUAAAUUACAACUUGUUAAAGAAGAAUAUUUCACAUCAGCUUUGGAAACUACCGAAGAGAAACUUCAUGAUGCUGCUAGCAAGCUGCUUAGCACAGUUGAAGAAACUACAAAAGAUGUAUCUGGUCUCCAUUGCAAACUGGAUCGUAAGAAGGCAAUUGACCAACACAAUGCAGAAGCUCAGGAUGUUUUUGGUAGAAACCUAAAUAGUCUGUUUAGUAAUAUGGAAGAAUUAAUUAAGGAUGGCAGCUCAAAACAAAAGGCCAUGCUAGAAGUUCACAAGACCUUGUUUGGUAAUCUGCUGUCUUCCAGUGUCUCUGCAUUAGACACCAUUACUACAACAGCACUUGGAUCUCUCACAUCUAUUCCAGAAAAUGUGUCUACUCUUGUUUCUCAGAUUUUGAAUAUGAUAUUAAAAGAACAAUCACUAGCAGCAGAAAGUAAAACCGUACUGCAAGAAUUGAUUAAUGUACUUAAGACUGACCUUCUUGGUUCACUGGAAAUGAUUUUAGCCCCCACUGUGGCAUCUAUAUUGAAAAUCAAUACUCAACUAAAGCAUAUUUUCAAGACCUCAUUGACUGUGGCUGAUAAGGUAGAAGAUCAGAAAAAGGAAUUAGAUGGCUUUCUCAGUAUACUUUGUAAUAAUCUACAUGAACUACAAGAAAAUACAAUUUCUUCCUUGGUGGAAUCACAGAAACAAUGUAGAAACUUAACUGAAGACCUGAAGACAAUAAAGCAAACUCAUUCACAGGAACUUUGCCAGUUAAUCAAUCUCUGGACAGAGAGAUUCUGUGCUUUGGAGGAAAAGUGUGAAAACAUCCAGAAACCACUUAGUGGUAUCCAAGAAAAUAUACAGCAGAAAUCUAAGGAUAUAAUCAACAAAACAACUUUUCACAGUAAAAAAUUUUGUGCUGAUUCUGAUGGCUUGUCACAGGAACUCAGACAUUUUAACCAAGAUGGUACAACAUUGGUUGAAGAGUCUGUGAAACACUGUGAUAAACUCAGUAGCAACCUGGAAAAGAUAUCUCAAGAGACUGAUCAGAGAUGUGGAUCUCUGAAUAGAAGCACUGUUCAUUUUUCUGAACAGUGGGUAUCUUGCUUAAAUAAAAGGGAACAGGAACUUCAGAAUUUACUGGAGGUUGUAAACCAAUGUUGUGAGGCUUCAAAUUCAGAGAUCACUGAAAAAUUACGUGGACAUAAAGCAACUAAUGAGAACCAGCGUAACGUUUUUCUUGAUCAGAUAACUAUUGAUGAAGAAAAAUUGAUAGCACAAAAUCUAGAACUUAAUGAAACCAUAAAAGUUGGUUUGACUAAGCUUAAUUGCUUCCUGCAACAGGAUCUGAAACUGGAUAUCCCAACAGGUAUGACACCACAGAGAAAAAAUUACUUAUACCCAUCAACAUUGGUGAGAACUGAACCACGUGAACAUCUUCUUGAUCAGUUGAAAAGGAAACAGCCUGAGCUGUUCAUGAUGCUAAACUGUUCAGGAAAUAACAAAGAAGAGACCAGUCAGGACAUGGAUGUAGAAAAGGCAGUACUGAGGCAAUAUGUUGAAGAAGCUCUAAGUCAAGAGCCAUCUGUAGAUGCUAGUGUGGAUUGUUCAUCAAUUGGUGGAGUUCCAUUUUUCCAGCAUAAAAAAUCACAUGGAAAAGACAAAGAAAACAGAGGCAUUAAUCCAGUGGAGAGGUCUAAAGUGGAAGAAACUACAGAGCACUCUGCUACAAAGAGCAGAUUACCUCUCCGGGCCCAGAUAAAUCUUUAG